AACUUUCUUGAUUACUACAAUGUGCUAUUCACAAAUGUUUCCGAUCUACAGAAUUUCAUCACCAAACAACGAGGGCCUCCCAAUCGAAGGCAGGAACCAUUAACUUUCGACAACAACUGCAAUGAGGAUCCUUGGAUUAUAAAGCAACGUUCAACAGUUACAUGUGAGACAAAGUGCUUCAAGUGGCAACAACUGCUGAAUAAUUCUGGUUCAUUCUCGGUGAUGACGCUUCGCGGUUGCUACAACAGGAUAUUCGACAUGAUGAACCCAACCACAAUCCCAGUUCCUGACAACAAUUUCUGCACGUGGGGUGAGGUUCGUGUAAACGGCUUUAAAUAG